AUGUGGCGCUCAUCGGCGCUUCCUUUGACUGCUGCUGCGGCUGCUACAGCUAUUGGUGCGCUCUCAAUCCGCCGUCUAUCAGCACUUUCAGCCUCUCGCGUAUCUCGUCGCGUCCACGGACAUGCAGGUGAUUCGAUUUCGUCCUUGGAGACGCCGUGUUUGCUCGUGGACUUGGACGCCCUUGAAAUCAACCUCAAGCGUCUCCCAGAAUCCCUCAAAGCGUCUCCAAAAAUUGCAAUUCGUCCUCAUGCCAAAGCCCACAAGUCCUCUGCUCUCGGACAGCUGCAACUGCAACUUUCCCACGCUGUAGGACUGUGCUGCCAGAAGGUUGGCGAAGCUGAAGCCAUGUUCCACGGAGGGGUACGCGACAUCCUAUUAAGCAACGAAGUGUACGGGCUGGAGAGAUACGAACGCAUGGCGGUAUUAGCCAAAGGAGGAGCUACGAUCAGUCUCAUUUUCGACAAUUUCGAGACUGUACAGCAAGCAGCACAAGUGGCAGAGGCCCAAGGCGUUCACUUCCGAGCUUUGGUGGAAGUGAACGUGGGUCAGGAUCGAUGUGGCGUUGAUACGGUAGAAGAGGCCGUGGAAUUGGCCAAACAGAUAGAGAGCUAUGCUCCGAGGCUGCAGAUGGUGGGCAUUCAGGCGUAUCACGGCGCUGCGCAACAUAUUCGCAGUUACGACGAGAAGAAGACGGUGAUUGCAGGCGUCGCGGAGAAGGCCAAGAGUGUGAGAGACGCGCUAGUGACGGAAGGAGUGAAGUGUGAUGUGGUUACUGGAGGAGGGACUGGCACGUAUCUACUAGAAGCGUCGAGCGGGGUGUUCACAGAGGUGCAGCCUGGCUCGUACUUGUUCAAUGACGCCGACUAUGCCAGGAACUUGGGAGAAGACGGAGAGGUUGUCAAAGACUGGGAACAGAGUUUGUAUGUAUUGACGACGGUAAUGAGCAAGAAUGCAAAUGCUGCCGUGCCGCGUGUAGUGGUGGAUGCAGGCACGAAGGCAGUGUCACUAGACUCAGGGUCGCCAGUAGUACACACGAUGGUCAAUGGGGAGAAAGUGCCGACUCCGUUAGAGUAUCACGGUGGAGGCGAUGAGCAUGGAAUUCUAAAGCCAGCGCAGAACGUCGCAGCUGCGAAGAGAGUCGAACUUCCCGCUCUGGGCAGUAAAGUGUUGCUUGUUCCGGGCCAUUGUGACCCCACCACAAACAUGUACGACUAUCUCGUUGGAUACCGCGGAGAUCUCGUUGAGCAUGUUUGGGAGAUUGAAGCUCGUGGCCCAGAAAAUCGGCCACCUGGUCGCAAAGCUAAAGUUCGUGUGCGAGCCUGUAUCCUGCGCGCCGCCCAAGAGGCCAAAAAAUGGAAGGUUGUCGCUAAGCUCCACGAUGGCUAUGAGCGGACGGCCUGGGGCUGGAUCAAGACCACAAUGGACAGCGGCGAUUUGAGUGGCACCCAGCAGCAGCGUGGUGGCUCAACCAAGACAGUUAUCGAAGCCCAUGUCGAGUAUCUGCUCGACGAGCUCGCCAGCACAUCAGAGCUAACUCUCGUUCAUAUGGCUGAGCUUGUCGAGCAGAAAUUUGAUGUACGAGUCAGCCGUGAAGCCGUGCGACGCGCUCUCGACGCGCACAUUAUCACCUUCAAGAAGCUGCAUCGUGACGUCGUCAGCCGCAACACUCCAGUCAACAGACAGAAGCGGUACGACUACGUUGUCAAGUUCUACGCCGCUCUCGCAAACAACAAAAAGGUCUUCUAUCUGGACGAGGCCAACUUCAACUUGUGUUUCUCGCGCGGAAGAGGAUGGAGCGCCAAAGGGCGAGAAUGCGUUUCCGCCAACAAGAGCUCCGUCAAACGCUUCCUCGCUCAACAGCGUCGAGCUAUUCUGUGCGUCCCCGACGGAGCGAUCAUCACCGAACAUCGCGCAGGAUUCUUGGAGCUCGCUGCAGUUCCCCUGUUCGCUGAAGUUGUGACGCCGGAGCUGUGCAAUCGGGUAUUCUGCCAUACACUUCCCCGCCAUCAGCGGACCCUCUAUUUCGAGGACAUAUAA